GGGACAGGAGGCCAAAGCAAACUUUGAUUGGUCGGGUUCCAAUUAAGAAUGAAAGAAAAAGUUCGGUUCGAUGGUUAAUGGCAAAUAAAUUAAGAUGGAUUCAUGAACUUUGAACAUAAUCGAUAUAUUCAACGCCUGUGAAUUUUGCGAAUCGGUCUCUGACGACGACGAUGGGAAUUCCAUCGGAAUUGAGGGAUUUGUGGGUGAACACAAGGAAUGCUCUGAUAAUUCCGUCGCCAGCUGAAGAACGGAAAGUGCUGAACGCGAAGCUUUGCACUCAAGAAGGUGUUCGUUCUGGCUUCAAGGCGGCUUCUAUUGCAUGUGUUGCCAGUGCAGUGCCUACGUUGGUUGCUGUUCGAAUGGUUCCCUGGGCCAAAGCAAACCUUAAUUAUACUGCUCAGGCACUCAUCAUUUCUGCAGCAUCUAUUGCUGCAUACUUCAUCACUGCGGAUAAAACCAUCUUAGAAUGUGCAAGAAGAAAUUCUCAGUUACAGGAUGCCUUGAGACGCCAAGGAUGAUGAAUGUAAUUUUGGGUGUGUUAUGUUGCAGUCUGUUCUGAAUUCUGAUGUUGUAUGAUGGAAAAAAUGGCUCCAAAAUGCUGAGAGCCUGUUUGAGAUCUAGUCCGUCACUUGUUCUUCAUUUUCUUCUCAUUGUCAACUCUCCUUUCAUUCGGCAGAGUAGAUGUAAAAACAAAAAAAAAAUGCAAUAAAAUGUCAGAUUUUAUUACCUUUUAUGCACGCAGAGGUUACCAGUAUUGAUGUUAACCCUUCCUUUUGCUUCGGAGUGCUAGUAUGCUUUCUUUGGCCA